UCAAGUUUUAAAACUAGUUUUAAAGUGAAUCUUGUUGUGAGAGUUUUACGUAUACAUAAGUUCUCUGAAUUGAAUCAAGUCAUCGUGUUCUCGUUUCAAAUUAGGCUACGUAAAUAAGCCCAAGAAUUUCAGGUGUUUUAAAGUUUCUAGAAAAUUAUUUGAAAGGAAAAAGUCCUGCCACUGUGUCCCAAGAUUUUAAUUAUUACACCUGUGGAAAAGUGCAUUAUUUUAAAGCAUAGUUUCAUAAAACCCUUCUCCGUCAGUCAUGGCGUGCAUUAAACUUUUCAUAAAAUCAGGGCUAGCAUUAUUGUGCGUAUUGACGAUUUUUGGAUUUGCCCAAUGCACCCGAAUCACCUUAUUUGAAAAUAUGAAUAAACAAGGGGAAGCUCUGAAACUCAAAGAGAUCUCGAAUUGUACCAACCUUCCCUCGGAAUGGCAGGACAGAACUUCCUCGCUAGACAUUCAUCGAAGCGUCUGUGUCAAAGUUUUUGAACACUCUGAUUGCAAAGGACGCUACGUCACGUUGAAAUCCUCACUUCACUCGGACUCAGAAUAUUUGGACAAUCUCAGAGAACUCGGGUUUAACGAUGUCAUCAGUUCCGCAAGCCCGUGCGCCCUUCAAAUUGAGCCUGGUCAAUACGUCAUCCAGAAUUUGGGAGAUAACAAGAUGAUGACGCUCGUCAAACACGGCGUGUAUGCCAUGGUGUCAUCGAAAUAUUGGAAAAAUUUGAAAGUGCAACAUUGGGAAAUUCAGCAAGUUGCGGGAUCCACAAUUCUGUACGAGUUAAACCCCAUCGGAGAGAAGCCACACUUUGAACAACCUGUAGUUUAUGACGUCAAAGACCUCCCCCGACUUCCCCAGUACAAAACGGAAAUCCCAGCUUUUCUCAUAGAAAGCGUGGAUGACUGGAAAUACGUGAUUCGAGAUUCUAGGUCGAAAUUCUGUCUGACCACAAUUACGGGAAAAAGUGACGUGAUAGCGACAGCCCCAUGUUCUCCGCUGGCCAAGAAUCAACAAUGGAUUUUCAGGAAGGCGUAAAAUGUGGAAUUUAUAGCCAAUUUUGUUAUCGAGCUAUUUAUUUAUUACAAAUUAUAAUUUACAAUUGUUACUAGUAUGAAUUUUUACAGCUAAUUUAGAAUAAACUAGACAUCAAAUCCUAAUUAGAAGUUUCUCAUGAUAUUCUACAAAAAA